GCCGCGAUGCCCCCCCCUGCGCCCGGGGCCCGGCUCCGGCUCCUCGCCGCCGCCGCCCUGGCCGGCCUGGCCGUCAUCAGCCGAGGGCUGCUGUCCCAGAGCCUGGAGUUCAACUCCCCGGCUGACAACUACACAGUGUGUGAAGGGGACAACGCCACCCUCAGCUGCUUCAUCGAUGAGCACGUGACCCGCGUGGCCUGGCUGAACCGCUCCAACAUCCUGUAUGCUGGCAAUGACCGCUGGACCAGCGACCCCCGUGUGCGGCUGCUCAUCAACACGCCUGAGGAGUUCUCCAUCCUCAUCACGCAGGUGGGACUGGGUGACGAGGGCCUCUACACCUGCUCCUUCCAGACACGCCACCAGCCAUACACCACUCAGGUCUACCUCAUCGUGCAUGUCCCCGCCCGCAUUGUGAACAUCUCUUCCCCGGUGACCGUGAACGAGGGUGGCAACGUGAACCUGCUCUGCUUGGCUGUGGGGCGGCCCGAGCCCACGGUCACUUGGAGACAGCUCCGAGAUGGCUUCACCUCGGAGGGCGAGAUCCUGGAGAUUUCCGACAUCCAGCGUGGCCAGGCUGGCGAAUAUGAGUGCGUGACGCACAACGGGGUGAACUCGGCGCCCGACAGCCGCCGCGUGCUGGUCACAGUCAACUAUCCUCCGACCAUCACCGACGUGACCAGCGCGCGCACAGCACUGGGCAGGGCCGCCCUCCUACGCUGCGAGGCCAUGGCGGUGCCACCCGCGGACUUCCAGUGGUACAAGGACGACAGAUUGCUGAGCAGCGGCACAGCCGAGGGCCUGAAGGUGCAGACGGAGCGCACCCGCUCCAUGCUUCUCUUCGCCAACGUGAGCGCUCGACAUUAUGGCAACUACACGUGUCGUGCCGCCAACCGGCUUGGAGCGUCCAGCGCCUCCAUGCGACUCCUACGCCCGGGAUCCCUGGAGAACUCUGCACCCAGACCCCCGGGGCCCCUGACUCUGCUCCCGGCCCUGGGCUGGCUGUGGUGGAGGGUGUAGGCACCGAGCAGGGCAGCCCGCCUCCCCUCGGGCAGGGGGCCUCGGCCAAGUGCGUGGGAGAACCAGGGGGAGCAGCGCCGUGGGUCUCGAGGGGGCAAAAGAGCUCUCGGCCAUUGAGGAAGAGGAGGAGGAGAAGAGGAAGAGGAAGAUCUUUAGAGAACCCAUCACUGUGAGGAAUAACGCAAAAUUAUGCAUCUUUCUACAGCCAUUCUCGCCACCCGUUCACGCUUCCGACUGUGGCCCACCCAUCCCCGGGCACCCACACCUCUCCUAGCUCAGGCUGUCCCUGGCUUGUGUGUGAGAGUGUGAGUGUGUGUGUGUGUGUGUGUGUGUGUGUGAGUGAGUGUGGAGGAGGGGAUGGGGCCUCCCUCUCUGGUCACUCCCACAUCCUUGCCUCCCACCCUGCUACCUGUCCCCUCUGGCUGGAGGUAGGUAUGGGAGCUUCUGCUGGGUGAGGGAGGGGCUCCCUGCUUUCCCCAGUUUUAUGCACGCUGGCCCUUCCCUGUGAAAGGCCCUGGCCUCCUCUGCUGUUGAACCACUUGUAGCCAGGGGCCCCAGCACUGGCUCAGGUGCCUGAGACCCCGCCCUGGCCCCUGCCCCCAGCCUGCCUCCCCUGGACUCUGGCUCCUUCCUGGGCCGAUCGGUGCUUCCAUCCAACAGGCAGGCUGGUGAUCGCAGCUGCAGCCUGCCUCAGUGCUUUGCCCUCCCCACCAGCCCCCCAAACCUGUCACCACCCCCUUUGCCACCUGCAGUACCAGCUGG